UCAACUCUCACUUAUUUUUUCCCUAGCAACAUCAAUCAUUCCAAACUUUUAUGUUGUCUUUCUCAUAUUAUUAGAAUCAGAAGUAGCUUGUGAAAGAAAGUUACACAACAGGGUUGUUGCAGUUUCACACAUAGACCAAAUGAGUACUAAAAGGAACACAUGGAAGUCUGUGAUCUUGAUCUUAGGUUGCUACAAGGUUAAGUGCCCCCUGGAGGAAUCAGAAAAACAGGUUUUGAAACAAGGGUCUUUCCAGAGGCUGUGUCUAUCUGAUGUGAGCAAUUCAAGCUCCACUCAGGCCAUUGAGGAUCUUUCAAUUUCCUUUGCUGGCUCCAAACUCUAUGCAUUCACACUUGAGGAGCUAAGAGAAGCAACAAACAGUUUCUCAUGGAGUAACAUGCUAGGAGAAGGAGGGUUUGGACCUGUGUACAAGGGUUUUGUGGAUGACAAACUUAGGCCAGGUUUGAAGGCUCAGACUGUUGCAGUGAAAAGGUUGGAUUUGGAUGGCUUGCAGGGUCACAGGGAGUGGCUGGCAGAGAUUAUAUUUCUUGGACAGCUGAGGCAUCCACAUCUUGUCAAGUUAAUUGGUUACUGUUAUGAGGAUGAACACAGGCUGUUGAUGUAUGAAUACAUGCCAAGAGGAAGCUUGGAGAAUCAACUCUUCAGAAAAUACUCUGCUGCUAUGCCAUGGUCAACCAGAAUGAAAAUUGCUUUAGGAGCUGCCAAAGGUCUAGUCUUCCUUCAUGAAUCAGAUAAGCCUGAUUUCACAGCUAAACUCUCAGACUUUGGUCUAGCCAAGGAUGGCCCUGAAGGGGAAGACACAUAUGUAACAACACGCAUAAUGGGAACACAAGGAUAUGCUGCUCCUGAAUACAUAAUGACAGGUCACCUUACAACUAAGAGUGAUGUGUAUAGCUAUGGAGUGGUGCUGUUGGAAUUGCUUACAGGAAGACGAGUAGUGGAUAAGUCUCGGUCAAAUGGUGGGAAGAGCUUAGUGGAAUGGGCAAGGCCUUUGCUGAGAGAUCAGAAAAAACUUUAUAGCAUCAUCGAUUGUAGACUAGAAGGUCAAUUUCCCAUGAAAGGAGCCAUGAAAGUUGCUAUGUUGGCUUUCAAAUGCUUGAGUCCUCACCCAAAUGCAAGACCAACUAUGAGUGAUGUGGUGAAGGUGUUGGAGCCACUUCAGGACUUUGAUGAUGUUUUCAUUGGACCCUUUGUGUAUGUUGCCGUUAGUGAAAAUGGUAACAAGCAUAAAAUAUAGCAGCUGUUAGCACUCCUCAGAAAAAGUAGAUAAAAUAUAUAUAUCAGAUAGCAAAAGGUAAAAAGAAACAAAAAAAAAUGGUGUUUUAUUUUAUUUUACAAGACGGCAUGGCUUGGUCGUCACAAUGAAGAAGUUCUAUCAGAUGUGACUGUGGACAGAAACAGAGAGCUGCAGAAAAAUGAUGGUUAGGGUGGAAUAAGGAUAAUCACAUUGAACAUAAGCUGUUAGAAGUGAUGAUGGAGUUUUCUAUGGUUUGAUUUGAUGAUAUACACAACAAUAUACAAGUAUAAGCACUUGCCACUAGUUCAGGAUACACACUAAAAUCUAUUCACAAAGAAUGUAUGUGACAGAAAUAUGGUUGGGAUUGUGUUUGGACAUGGUUUUGGAUUUCAAGGUGUAGUUUAGAGAAAGUGAAAAAAAGAAUCCAUUUAAUCAGUAAACUGUAAUCUACUCAUUAGUAGGAUUAAUGGAACUAAUAUAUGCCAUUGCUAUGAUGGUUGAAAGAGUUUGGUCAUUUA